AUGGAGACGGCGCUCGACUGGGAGCACCGCUGCCAGCAGCAACAGGAUGAAAUACACUUGCUCAAGCAGCAGAUCUCGCGCCUCGAGCAGCGAUUGCACGGCGGCGAUGAGAACGCGGUGGCGAAUGGCCAAGACACCACGUCCGAUGACGGCGGUGAUAGUGAGAGCUUCUCGACGCGGCUAGAGCACGAGCGCCAGCUACUGGAACGGGCGAGCGCGCUCGUGACGCGGCAAAAGGUCGACUUGAAGGCCCAGGCGCACAAGCUCAAGCACGAAAAGGAGGCGUGGCGGCUCGAGCAUGCCCGGGGCCGAAGCGCCGCUGUCGUCAGCGAGAUGAAGCGCGUCCUUGACACGAGCGUGCAAUCGCUGAACCGCAACAUGCGUCAGCUGCGGGCGACCGAAGAGCGCAUCCUUGCACGGCGCCGCCACAUGCACGCCCGCCCAGCGUCGUCCGAGCUGUCCGACGACGCGAGCAGCAUCUCGAGUGCUAUUCCUUCGCUCGCGCAUUCUCGUAGCUCGCUUUGCGACGACAUUUGUAGCGAGAGUAGCGAUGCCGUCUCGUCGCUGUGCGAGUCGGACGCGCCUUCGCUGCUCGACGAGCUCUAUCGGCUUCAUAGCGACAUCGCCCAGAACGAGUGCCCGAGCUUCCCGCCAGUGCAUAAGGACUGGCAUUUGCCACCGAUGGCCGAGACGAGGCACCUCCACGACCCUUACGUAGGCUUGACCGACCCACUGCACCGGCGACCACCACGGUACUAG